AUGUAUCCAAUCCUUGCCGCAGGUUGCUAUUGCACAAAAGUUCUGCUGUAUUCUGUCCCUCUGGAAGGUCGUCUCAACCGAUACUAUCGCCACGCUGAUCCAGUUCGACCCGCUCUUGCUAUCUGUUUCCGUCGAUUCAUUCGGGAGGAACACCCGAGCGCUGUGGAAAGACGCUGUAUGCGAUCCAUUGCGGUCGCGUAUCGCACGGCAACUGCUCGACUCGUACGUCCUUGGAUUGCGGUCUCCGGCUCCUUCUCACGGACAUGGACUAGUCGACACAAGUAUGCGGCCGGGCCCAAAGCCUUUGGAUGCUCCGUCCAUUCGCAAACGCAUAGCUCCAGCGUAGCAGAUUUCACUCAUCAGGACUCCACAAUCUACGCGUUGUCUUCGGCGUCUGGUCGCGCUGCCAUUGCAGUGAUAAGAAUAUCUGGUCCGGCAUGCCUAGACAUCUAUCAUCAGCUAUGUCCGGGCAAGAAGCCUCCGAAACAUCGCACUGCAGUUGUGCGCACUCUGUACGAGCCUGGCAAGGAGCCGAAUCGUGAACAUGCACUGGACUCUAGCGCCCUGGUUUUAUACUUUCCAAUGCCUGCGACUGCCACUGGAGAAGGUACGAUGACAGAUGGCAUCCGAAUGCAUUCCACGUGCCUCUGCAGCUGUCCAAAACUCUGUGGGUACUUGAUCAGCCAGUGAAGUAGCUGACCUUCUGGCAGACAUUCUGGAGCUUCACGUGCAUGGAGGACCUGCGAUUGUCAAAGCUGUGCUGUCAGCUAUCUCCAGAUGCGAAUCCGCGACUUCAUGCACACUACGAUACGCCGAGCCUGGAGAAUUCACCCGGCGAGCCUUCAUGAAUGGUAGGCUUGAUCUCACCCAAGUGGAGGCUCUAGGAGAUACGCUAGCUGCGGAUACCGAGCAGCAAAGACGACUUUCGGUGCGCGGGGCGUCAGGCAAGCUGGCGAAGCACUACGAAGCCUGGAGGCAGCAACUUCUGUACGCACGCGGUGAACUCGAAGCACUCAUCGACUUCAGUGAAGACCAGCACUUCGACGAGAGCCCAACGGAACUUUGCGCUUCAGUUGCGGAACAGGUUCAAAGGCUCAUGUCCGCCUUGAAAUUGCAUCGCCAAAAUGCAGUACGCGGAGAAUUGUUACGGCAUGGGAUUAGCAUCUCUCUUCUCGGCGCUCCCAAUGCUGGGAAAAGCUCCAUGCUCAACCGCAUCGUGGGCCGUGAAGCUGCGAUCGUCAGCAAUGAGGCCGGCACCACGCGGGAUAUUGUCGAGAUUGGCCUUGAUCUUGGGGGUUAUUUCUGUCGCUUUGGAGAUACUGCUGGACUUCGACAGGCCAAUGAGGAAGCGCGGGCCGGCGGCCAGCCGACGGAGGUCAUAAACGCUAUUGAGAAGGAGGGCAUGCGGCGCGCCAAGGAGAGAGCAGCCGACAGUGACCUGGUGAUUGUGGUGCUCAGUCUCGAAGAGAUGAUAAAUCAGAAACCCUCUUUGGUGUUCGACGCCGAGGUCUGCACCGUCGCAAACCAUCUGAUUCGAGAGAAGGACAACGUCAUCAUCGUCAUCAACAAAGCCGACCUCAUCCCAGACACGGCUAUGCAAGAGCAAGCGAUGCGAGAUGUAUUGGGAGAAUUCCCGGACCUAAGCCAAGAUAAACUGCACGUGGUAUCGUGCAUGCAGCAGGAGCCAUCCGACGCCGAACGACGGACGGGAGAUUCCUCUGCGCCGUCAGCAGGCAUACAGACGUUCCUUCAGGGCCUGAUUGGGGAAUUUGCGAGGCUGACUGCUGCUUUGACCCCGGAAGACGAUGCAGCUGUGGGGUCCGAUUCGUCCGUUUGGCAGGAAUCGCUUGGGGCCAGUGAGCGGCAUCGCACCCUUCUCGAUGCUUGCGUCAGCCACCUCGAUGCAUUCCUCACAGAGACUGUACCGCCCGUGAGUCAGCCUGGUGAGGAGGAGAGUGCGGGUAUGCGAGAGGCAGAAGCAGAAGCAGACAUUGUCGUGGCAGCUGAGCACCUGCGUGCAGCCGCUGACUGUCUCGCCAAGAUUACUGGGAGAGGGGAGUCUGGGGAUGUGGAAGAGGUGCUUGGCGUGGUGUUUGAGAAGUUUUGCGUGGGAAAGUGA